GUACCGUACUGGCUGGGAAAUUUUAGUUUCUCCUGAGGUCACGUGACCAUUCCGCCAUGAUAAUGCUUUCGGCCUAAACAGUUAUGGCAGCGGUGUGCAUCGGGCCAGUGGGGACAGUCAUGAUCUAUUUUCGGCCAUCAGUUCGUGUAGAUUCGAAGCGCCCAGUCACAGUAACGCCCAGCUUCAUGGAGAAUUAAGAAUCUUCAGCCAGAAAACGUGCAUGAUUUCACGACCAAGGCCCACGAUCGGUGAAAAUCACAGAACGAAAUGGGUGACGAAGUGACGAGCAAAACGUCAAAUGCUGGCAGCGCUGCGCCUUGUUUCUCGAUUCAGAUUGGUUUUGUGCGAGAGACGUUUUCCAUACCAGACGACGCAGGGGAAAGCAGAUCAACAAUAAUAAAGGAGAAAGUGUACGAUAUGGUCAGGAAAAGGUUUCCUGAGCACGAUUUCUACGGAGUCUAUGACAAGAUUCUCCUGUUUAGGCAUACCCCAGGUGAAUCCUACGUCCUACAGCCAAUCACAUAUUCCAGUGAGAUUCCUGAUGGCUCAUUGGUGGAAGCUGUGUUGUCAGUGUAUGGCCAGUCUUUUGAAGCUACAGCUACUGUGGAGGACAGACAAAUCCGGCCCCACACGUUGUAUGUGCACUCCUAUAAGAGCCCAACAUUUUGCGACUUCUGCGGCCAGAUGCUGUUCGGCCUUGUCCGGCAGGGUCUUAAGUGUCAUGGUUGCGGUGGCAACUACCACAAACGCUGUGCUUUUAAGAUCCCCAAUGACUGCACACUCUCCAAGAGGAGGCCCUCCUCAGUGGCUUACAGCUCAGCAAGCUUACCGUGGUCCUCUUCGGAGAUGAGCCUUGCAAGUGAUACCAGCGAUCCCAUGGCUAAUCUUUUAUCCAAAGCAGACAGCUACAAGGACAAGCGUUCACCGUCGUGUGGAGGGCGCCCUCUGUGGGUGGAGAAGGCAGUGGCAAGUCGCAUCAAGGUGCCGCACACCUUUGUGGUGCACAGCUACACCAAGCCGACGAUUUGCCAGUACUGUAAGAAGCUCUUGGUGGGGCUCUUCAGGCAGGGAAUCCAGUGCAAAGACUGCAAAUUCAACUGUCACAAACGCUGUGCUGAGAAAGUACCAAAGGAUUGUCUGGGAGAAGCGCCUCUACACGAACGAGAGAGUGAAGACCAAGAGAAGCUGAACGAGAGCGACGAGAACGAAACGGAAGAGAACGACACCUCAACCAAUCGGGACAGCCUAGGAGACACCCAAGAUGAGGAUGUUGGACCAGAGGCUGAUAGUAGUCCCCCAGGCCCAGAUAACCCACUCAGCCCCGUUCAGAGUAACAACAUUCCGUUGAUGCGAAUCGUGCAGUCUGUCAAGCACACCAAGAGGAGAAGCUCCCAGGUGUUGAAGGAAGGCUGGAUGGUACACUGCACCGACAAAGACAGCAUGCGUAAGCGUCACUUUUGGAGGAUAGACACCAAGUCCAUCACAUUGUAUCAGAGCGACAGCAGCACGCGGUACUACAAGGAAAUCCCGCUAUCUGAGAUCCUGGCCGUGAAGACCGUCUCCAGUGAUGACGACAAGUCCAGCCACUGCUUUGAGAUCAAGACGGCGCGCACCAUCUACUUCGUCGGAGAGAAGAAGGAGGUCGCCAUGGCCACCCUGACGGUGGACGGGGAGGAGUCACCGUCGGAGAGUGGCAUCGGCAUAGAGGUGGCCCGGGUCUGGGAGAAGAAGAUCCGCCAAGCGCUGAUGCCCGUCACGCCUCAGCAGAGCACCACCAGCGUCACCAGCAGCUCCAGUCCCAUAGAAGUCUCCUCAGCCGAAUGUAAUAGCCGGUCAGCAGUGUGCCACGCCCGCCAAAACCACCACGCCUCUUCUUCCUCCACCAACACCACCUCCUCCUCCAUUCCUCACAAUGUGUCUUACACGCCGGGCGUCGGUCCCAGCCACAGCCCGGCCCCCUGCCUCCGCCACGUGGUCUGUCAGCUCUCCCCGCCCGAGGAGUCGCCGGGCUCGGCCAGCCAGGUGACCCUGCCCAAGCGGGCGGGGUCAGCCACCAAGCCCAUAGAGAAGUACCGCGAGAAGGGGUACACGCCCCCAAAACGGACCAGUCAAGGAAGCAGUACAACAGUUGGCUCUAGUGCUGCUAACGAGAAUGGUGAACACAUGAUCCUGGACGAGACGGUGCGGCAGGAGAAGAACGACAUCAGCCAGCACUACCAGAUAUUCCCGGACGAGAUCCUGGGCUCGGGACAAUUUGGAAUAGUUUACGGAGGUGUGCACCGUACCUCUGGGAGACAGGUUGCAAUCAAAGUGAUUGACAAGCUACGUUUCCCUACAAAACAAGAGACACAACUCAAAAAUGAAGUGUCCAUUCUCCAUAAAGUCCGGCAUCAUGGCGUGGUGAACCUGGAACAGAUGUUUGAGACGACCGAGCGCGUCUUUGUCGUCAUGGAAAAGCUGAAGGGCGACAUGUUGGAGAUGAUCCUGUCCAGCGUCAAUGGUCGCCUCAAUGAGCGUGUCACCAAGUUCUUAAUCUCGCAGAUUUUGAUUGCCCUGAAAUACCUUCACAUCAAGAACGUUGUCCACUGUGAUCUCAAACCAGAGAAUGUUCUUCUUUCCUCAGAGGGGGAUUUUCCACAGGUGAAGCUCUGUGACUUUGGUUUUGCCCGUAUCAUUGGUGAGAAGUCCUUCCGACGUUCAGUGGUUGGGACCCCUGCCUAUCUUGCCCCCGAGGUGCUACGCAGUAAAGGCUAUAACCGAUCCUUGGACAUGUGGUCUGUUGGCGUCAUUAUUUAUGUCAGUCUAAGUGGGACUUUCCCUUUCAAUGAAGAUGAGGAAAUCACUGACCAAAUUCACAAUGCAGCAUUCAUGUUUCCACCUAAUCCCUGGAACGAAAUCUCAACUGAUGCUAUCAACCUGAUUGGGAAUCUGCUACAGGUCAAACUCAGGAAGCGUUAUACCGCUGACAAGUCGUUAGCACACCCCUGGCUACAGGACUAUCAGACGUGGCUGGACCUGAGGGAGCUGGAGAACCAAGUGGGCGAUCGCUACCUGACUCACGAAAGCGAUGAUGAGCGGUGGGAGGAGUACCGGCGAGACCACUUUGACAACCCCAAUCGAAGCCCCAACCACGAGCCAGUGAGUAAAUCCCCGGUUCACCUCAGUCCAGGAAGGCACAUGGAGAGAGUCAGCACCCUGUAAUGACCACCUCCCCUGGCCCCCCACUCUCACAACAUCACCCUGACCAUCUAUCUGCAAGAUGACUUCUUGAAAUCUUCCCAGUCUUCUCAUGUCUUCUUCACUAUUUUUGUUUCUCCUUCUUUUGUGGUAAUACCCGAAUGAUGUAUGUAUCAUAAAGUACAAGUCUGGAUAAGUAUAAGGUUGCACCUGCCGUUGUAUGCAUGUUUUGUCUCAGAGUUAUGGGUAGUGGGCAUUGUUUUUCCUUGUCAUUUGGUGGACGGGUCUGUUUCUCAGUGUUGAAAGCAAAGACUGCUUUUGUGUGUUGUCCAAGUGUGGCGCAUGUUCAAGGUCCAUGCCCAAGGAUUGGAGACUUGUCUGGAGUGGGUCUGGGGAAUGUCUGAAAAUUUGAAACAUUUUGGAAAACUUCAGUGGGAUUGCCUCUUGUUUAGGUUUGAAGCACUCACUGUUUCCACCCUGAACAACUUGGUAAUGAGGUCGACUGUUUGCCCUUUUAACAUUAGCUGGGAUCACACUGAACACUCCUCUUUCCAACUGGAAAGAAGCCAUACGCUGGUUUGGUUAUGCCAUCGUUUGCCAAGCUGUGUGGAAACAACUCGGUCAAAUCGCACAAACUGGAAGAAGACUUUGGACAAGGGAUCCUAUCUUCAACUGUGAAGGUUUUUCAACAUUAACUUGGUGUAUCUGCUCUCUCCAUCAGUCCUUCAAACUAAUAAAAGCAGCCCCAUUUUGCCAUUGAAACACAGUGUAUACUAGAUUGCAUUGACAAUCAGCAGCGGGAAUUAUGUCAUGUUAGGCUAUGUUUAGCCUUCUUCCUGUUAAUGGAAGUGUGAAGAAUCUUGUUUACAGUCUGUUCACUGGGGCUAACUUAGGUGGUAUUGAGUAAAGCUUGCCAGAGGAUGAUACAUGUAGAUGUACAUGUAGACGUCUGUUUUGUACAAACUUUUGGCAGACUAUUUCAUGACCUGGGUUUAAUCAUAUUGGUCCACUUCCAAAAUGUGUGUGUUAAACAGUAUUAAGCCACUUUCAUGUUGGAGACCUGCAUUACAACUCCGAACUUGUUGAAUUUGGAUGUAUGCCCUUCCAUGAAUGGCAUCCCUGCCUCUAGGAGUUCAUCUGGACUCAUCUAGUGAACUAUAUGAAGAGAGGAAUUGUUGUUUGACCUUAAAUACCUGGAAGGGAGAGUGGUCAGUAGUGGAGGGCCUUUAAGACAUUUGUUGGCUGUCAAUCUCUGUUGGUUGUGAUUUCAAGCAAGUCAGCUUGUUGUAGGCAAAGAACGAGGAAAUUACUUUGUGUUCCUUGAAUCCACAAAAACAUUGAAAUCAUGAACAAAGAUAUGGAUUCAGAUCAAACUUAAGGAGACAUUAAAUUAUUUGGAGACGUAAGGAAUGUGUCAGGAAUUGUCUCUUUUUCAUGAGUUUUGCAAAGUGGAAGGAAUGUUUCUGAUUUCAUUCUUUUCCUAAACUCUGUAAAACAGUGCUUUAAAACUUACCAUUUUAUCAUGCUUAAUGCAGCAAAGGUAAUGCAUGUAAAGGUUAUCUCAUUUGGUGGUAUAUUUUUAAUGGGGGGAGGUUAAAAGUUGCGAAGAAGCGGAACCUCAUCUUACCAAUUUGUAAUCAUGUGUUUGCUUUCACACAUUGCGAAGGGGGCAAGAUGUAAACAACUACCGUUUCAUGCAUUUCCAGUUUGUACAUUGCCGUUUACACUUGGGGGAGUGUGCACGAAAUCUGUUGAAGGAUGCGUACAAUGUUUUCCUUGUUUCCUAUCACUUGGUGAUGUGCAACAUAUGUGCAUAUGGUUCUCUAGAUAAGGAAGAUCGCUCUUGCCAGUUUGUGCUGCAUGGUGUGCAAUAUUUCCCAUAACAAUUGAACUUGGAGGCUAAGCAAAUGGAUAGGAUGGAGAAAAAACAAAAGAUCAAGUUUUUGACAAAGAAAAAAAUCGCCUGUUAUCUGAACCUUGUUGAAAACCUUGUUGAAGUCCCGUUGUAACGUUUAUUUGAUGAAAUUCUAAAUUUCUGGCAAGUGACAGUAACAUUUUUUGGUGUAUUUCUCAGAGGUGUCAUGCGUAAAUGCAUUAUCAGGAAAGCAUUUAAAGGAAUUGUUAUCACAUGAAGAAUGUAAACAUAGGAAGUUGGUUUUAUUAAAUGAACUUUCCAAUUAUUCAAAAAAUUUAUCCUAAACUAAGAGAUAAAAUGGUUUUUACAUAGUUUUUCAUUCAUAAGCCCCCCAAAAUCUUUCAGUGAAAAAAAUGAACUGUAAAUGAGCUUACCUGAAAAAAGAAAAUACAAAACAGAAAACAAAACUUCAACAAAACCCUUGAUAAAACCGUAAAUGUCAGAAAUACUUCUCAGAAGUACCCGCCAUGGUAUAUGUCACCAUGUGAUUUACAUAGAACAAGUGGGUCCUACCAUGAGGAAUGAAUGGAUUUGAAAGGUCACAGAAAAUUGAAGUGGUACCAAAAACCUGUGUACAUUAACUGUAAAUGGGUGAAAUAAAUCAGAGUCACUGUAAUCUUAAACACACCAAUUGUUCUUACUACUAGAAAUAUGCAUACCAGUUUUCAUACGUGAAUGGCAAAUGCAAGAAUUUUGAUUAUGUUGGAAAUGAGUUUGUGAGAACAGUUUCCUUUGGGGGAUGCUGUCAGUAAUGUUCACUCAAAGAGUGGAUAAACAAUAGUCUUUAUUUGGUUGAAAACCAUUUGAGUAUUUACCUUUAAGUAAGGCGCGUAUCAAAGUUAAUUGCCAGAUUUUUUUUUCAUUGGCAUUUACUUUUCCGAGCUACUUCCUUUGUCCACUUGUUUUUGAUCAGUGUUCUGUGAUCUGAGUGAUUUCUUAAUCUCACGCACAGGUACAGUCAUUACAUGUUCAGCAUUCUGGCAAUAUCAGGCAUUUCUUUUGUUACCCUUUGAAGCUAUGGCGUUGAAGAAAUGCAUGGCAAGUUUUGUUGUGCCGUCUGUCAAAUAGAGGUUAACCUACACGUUAACACAGAACAAGGUGUCUCCAACAGUAGUAUACUCUUGUAAUAUUUAUUUGUCACUGUAUUAAUAGCUAUUUUAUAUCCAUAAAAUGACAUACCAGCAUAUAAAGUAUCUUCACGUUGUUCAUGUUUUCUCAGUUUUUAAGUAUUUUUCCUUUUAUUUUGGUGUCUUAUCAGGGUUAUGGUGUGUAUUUUUACGUGUAUAAAAAUUUUAGGUUUUUAUCUCCAUUUUACAUCAAGUGCUUGGUGUUUUGAUAGUAAAAACAUUUAUACAACACGUCAACGAUGUUGUAUUCCAAAGUGGUUUUUGUUUUCUGUUGAUGCAUAUGUGUGUAUAUAUACAUGUAUAUAUAUAUAGUUAUGUACAGAAUAAUAUAAAAAAGGUAUUAACAUUAAGAGAAUGCCCGUAAUGCUUUGUUCAUUUGGUUAGUUUACCCAGAACCUUUGGGGUUUUUUUUCUUAGGUAAGGCAUGUUCUUGGUUGUGUCAUGACCAGAGAGAAGUUGGAGGAAAGUGCAACGUUGCCUCUGACGAUGCCAUGAAAGAAAAUCUCCCAUGCAAAAAUACUAGAGAAAGUGGUUCACACCUCUGAAGUUGAUGAAUAUUUUAUUUUCUCACAUUAUCUGUCCGUGUUGUCAUCUGAUGGAAGAUGUUAUGUGUUUAACGAAGCGGGGGUGUUCCUUGCAAAAGUGACCUGUGCUUCAUUUAUACCAAUACACUUUAUUUUUCCUCGAGUAAAAAGUUUUCAUUGAAAGAGGUUUACCAAAUUGGUGAAUUGCCAAAAAAUGUAGGGCCAUUUCUUUGCACCCUUUGAAAAUGGCAUUGUAAGAGCGCUGUGCCGUGGUCUGUCAUGUACGUGGGCUUAAGAAUGCCAUUUGAGGAAUUGCAAGACUGGUCAGCCAUGCCUCUGCUUUAAACCUGGGCUCUUCACAAUCUUUGGUCAAUAUUAGAUUUGUACAGUAAACAAACGCUGUAGUCACUAGCAGUAGUUCUCGUGGCUAUUUCCCAAGAGUGCAAUUGUCCGACUCUUGCAAAAGUCAAGGGAAGCGGUCUGGAAUUGAAAACAAACUUUUUGUGGUUCUUUUUGUGGUUCUUUGUAGUUUGAUAAAUUAUUCCGUGGCAAGUAUUCAGUCCAGUAAUUAGGAGUUGGUAUUGUGGUUUCAAGGUUUAUAGUAUACCAAGGUUUGGCUGUCAGACAUGAACAGUAUUAUGUCACUGAGGCUAUAGUAAAAGCAGUUAACAUUCAAACCCCUGAACAGGCCCAGUUAUUGCAACAGUGAUUACAUUAAUUUGGGGGCCCAACCAACAUAUUAACGACAGGCAAAUAUGUGACUUGACAUUCUCUGAACUGAAAACCUUGGAUGUGGUAACAACUGCUCACGAGCAAUUUUGGGAAGCAAUUGGAAUUAUAUUCAUUUGAGAAUUUUUGAUGCACUGCACAUUUAUCAUUUGCUUCCUUAAGCUAGAAAGGAUUAUGAGAACUUGAAUUGUCACUCCGAGUGCACAUACAUCUUCAUUUGUAAACAUUUUGGUUCCAAAAAGCAGAUUUUUCCCCUUUCUAAUUGGCUUUCAUGGCAUUAGGUUGGACUUUAUGGGGCAUAUUUAUGUUCUUGAUCAUCAGAACGUCCUGAUGGCCUCCAAAAUGUUGGAAAAUUCAGGUCCACCGUGAUUUGAUGGAGCAAUAUGUUGUCACCUGUUGGUGGAGAGUUGGCACAUUGACAAAUAACAAUGUCAAUGUGACAGAAGCUACCAAACUGGGCAGUUUCAACCUCUGCGGCCAAUGUUAUAAAUACUGUUACUUUUUGAGAGUCACAAUCUCAGAAUGGUACUCCCUUGCCUGGUUUUAUCUGACCACAGAAAUCUUGAAAGUUAAUUGUGGGUGGACCCGCAGACCCCAUUGUUAUUUUAUGGUGAUCCGUGUCGGAUUGGAUGUAUUGAUGGACUGCAUAUUGUAUGUACGUAAAUAUUCAGCCACUUUAAUUCUUCAUUAGUGACUCGUGUUGAGGAUCAGUUCGUGUACUGUGGAUAUACAUUUUUGAGAGAGAGAGAAACCCAUUUCAUUUGCUGAAUAAGCCCAGCAAUUACUUGUAUUGUUACGUGUAUUAUUAUUAUGAAUAAUAUAAAUAUGAGGAAAUGUACAGUCUUUCCUCCACAAAGCUGUAGUGUCUAAAGUAUACAGUUAAAGACAAAUAAAGGACAAACUCAAAAGGGACUGAAUGGUAUCGUUAUAAAUAAAAUUCUUACUGAGGCCGCCAUGGGAUUGGUGGAGUAUUUGGAAAAUAAAAUGCACUCUUUACAGAGACUCGGCGAGUGUAAAGCAUGCCCA